AUGUUCAAGAGCGCACCGAAACUCUCUCUUUUGCGCCCGAAGCUAGUGGCCUCCGCCGUCGGCGCCGCCGGCUUGGUGUCAUCGUACGUGUUGUACCAGGAUUCAUUAACCGCCAGCGCCAUGACUGCGGCGGAACACGGUUUGCAUCCCCCUGCGUUCAACUGGCCGCACUCGGGCAUGUUCGACACGUUUGACCACGCGUCCAUCAGAAGAGGCUACCAGGUGUACAAGGAGGUUUGCGCCGCGUGCCACUCUUUGGACAGAAUUGCCUGGAGAAACUUGGUGGCCGUGUCGCACACCGCGUCCGAGGCCAAGGCGUUUGCCGAGGAGUUGGAGUACGACGACGAGCCCGACGAUGAGGGUAACCCAAGAAAGAGACCAGGAAAGUUGGCUGACUACAUUCCUGGCCCAUACGCCAACGAGCAGGCGGCCAGAGCCGCCAACCAGGGUGCGUUGCCUCCAGACUUGUCCUUGAUCGUCAAGGCCAGACACGGCGGCGCCGACUACAUCUUCUCCUUGUUGACCGGUUACCCAGACGAGCCUCCAGCAGGUGUGGUUUUGCCUCCAGGCUCCAACUACAACCCAUACUUCCCAGGUGGCUCCAUUGCCAUGGGCCGUGUUUUGUUUGACGACUUGGUUGAGUACGAGGACGGCACCCCAGCCACCACAUCGCAAAUGGCCAAAGACGUGACCACGUUCUUGAACUGGGCCGCCGAGCCAGAGCACGACGAGAGAAAGAAGUGGGGUUUGAAGGCCAUCAUUCUUGUCUCCUCGUUGUACUUGUUGUCCGUGUGGGUCAAGAAGUUCAAGUGGCAACCUAUCAAGAACAGAAAGAUCACCUUCAACCCUCCUAAAAAGCACUAG